CAUUACGCUCUCGGAUUCUAGGCUUCGAGACAGUUGGCGUGCAUUUUUCCAAGUUUGUCAUGCGGUUUUCCUUGCGCAAUGCACGCGCAUCUUUUGGCAGCCUAGAUUCUGCCCCGGGAUAACCGACCGAGAAGUUCCAGCUGGACCCGCGUCCAGCAAUUUGCCCGUUCUUGAAGGAGCUCGGC